UCAACCGCCCUGGAGCCACGUUCCCGCUGACGCAACGACGCUGGGUUGGGGGAACCCGGAAGUGUUCGCGCAGUGUUUACAUUUUGCUCUUUGUUCGGUGAUAAAUUCCGUUAAAAUGUCUAAAAAACGGUCGCAGAGCGCCGAGAGCCGGAGCCUGCGCGCGGCCAUAGCCGAGCAGCUGUCGGCGGCCGCGGAGGAAAUCUUCCGGCUGCUCACGGAGCCCGGAGAGCCGGAGAAGGAGCACCUAAAGCGGCUACAGACGGAGCCCGGAGAGCCAGAGAAGGAGCACCUAAAGCGGCUACUGACGGAGCUCAUCACCGCGGCCGUGGAGAACAUCUGGGCCGCGUUCAGAGCCUCCAGAGCGGCAGAGGAAGCACCGGAGCGGCCCGCUGCAGCCGGAGAGUUGUGUCUGUCGGUGGGCGUCCAGACUCGGCCCGGCGCCUCCUGCAAACCGGAUGUCUCUGAACCGGACCGCCGGGCCGAGUCUCCAGAACCUCUGGACCCCCUGGGGGGCGAGGAGGAGGAGGAGGAGGAGGAGGAGGAGGAGUCAGCGGCGCCUCACGGCUGCAGAGUGUGCGGGAAGUCCUUCGACAGGGAGGGUUUCCUGAUGAAGCACGCGGAGAAGCACCUGACGGAGGCGGCCUGCGUGUGCGGCGUGUGCGGCGAGCGUCUGGAGACCGUUGGCGCCCUGCGGCUUCACCUGCAGACGCACCGCGACCGCGGACGCACCUGCGACGUCUGCGGCAAGAAGUUCCCGUCCCUCCGGGCCCGGGACACGCACCGGCGCCGGCACACCGGCGAGAAGCCCUUCAGCUGCGGCGUCUGUGGGAAAGGCUUCAGCCAGAAGGGGAACAUGGUCACGCACGCCAGGACGCACGCCGCCGGGACGCAGGCCGCCGGGACGCACGCCGCCGGGACGCACGCCGCUGACGCACGCCGACGACGACGCCGGGACGACGACGCCGGGACGCACGCCCGGGACGCACGCCGCCUGAAGAACUUCAGCUGCGGCGUCUGCGGGAAGCUCGGCAGAGCGCCCGAGCGCGCGCGCCACGCACGCAGCCACACACCGGACGGCAAGCAGACUCCGGGUCCCAGCAGACGCAGGAAGUCGAGCCGGACGUCGUCUCACCGCUGCGGCGUCUGCGGGAACGCCUUCCACAACCGAGGGAACUUAGUGCGUCACGCCGAGGCGCACCUGAACGACCCCGAGGUGCACCUGAACGACCCCGAGGUGCACCUGAACGACCCCGAGGCGCACCUGAACGACCCCGAGGCGCACCUGAACGACCCCGAGGCGCACCUGAACGACCCCGAGGCGCACCUGAACGACCCCGAGGCGCACCUGAACGACCCCGAGGUGCACCUGAACGACCCCGAGGCGCGCUGCUGCGGCGUCUGCGGCGAGCGGGUCGAGUCCGCGGCCGACCUGCAGCUCCACAUCCAGAACCACCGAGAAGAACCGGACCACCGCGUGUGUGAGGUCUGCGGCCUCAGCGUGCGGGACAUGGCGGUCCACAUGAGGACGCAUAGCGGCGGUGAGAAACCGUUCCGCUGCUCUGACUGCGGGAAGGACUUCCCCAGGAAGGGCUCUCUGGAGAGACACCGCAAGCUGCACGCCGGCGAGCGGCCGUACAUCUGCGAGUUCUGCGGCAAGACGUUCGUGGAGAACACGGUGCUGAGGAGACACAUCAAGAGCCACACGGGAGGGAAGCCGCGCAUCUACGACUGCGACGUCUGCGGCAAGAAGUUCACCAUGAGCCAGCACCUGGAGGUGCACAAGAGGAUCCACACCGGGGAGAAACCCUACGCAUGUCGGGUGUGCGGGAAGCGUUUCCGUCAGAUCGGGAACCUGGACUCUCACACGCGGAUCCACACGGGCGAGAAGCCCUUCGUGUGCAGCCUCUGCGGGAAGACGUUCCGCCAGAAGAUCUCGCUGGAGACGCACGAGCGCUUCCACAAGCAGGAGAAGGCGUUCGGCUGCCCGCUGUGCAGCAAGGGCUUCGUGCAGAAGAUCGACCUGAAGAGACACCUGCUGACGCACAGCGGCGAGAAGCCGUACGCCUGCCGCGUCUGCCCCAAGAGCUACCAGGAGAAACGCUCGCUGGACUCGCACAUGAAGGUGCACGCCGCGGUCGCCGUGGCAACCGCCGCCGCCGCGGCAACCGCCGCCGUGCAGCAGCAGCAGCAGCAGCGGCGGCCGGAGGAGGAGGAGGAGUCAGAGCCGCUACCGCAGAGCCUCAAAUGUCAGGACGGAGACUUCAUCCAGCUCUGACUCAUCAGCUCUGACUCAUCAGCUCUGACUCAUCAGCUCUGACUCAUCCAGCUCUGACUCAUCACCUCUGACUCAUCAGCUCUGACUCAUCCAGCUCUGACUCAUCCAGCUCUGACUCAUCAGCUCCUGACUCAUCAGCUCUGACUCAUCACCUCUGACUCAUCAGCUCUGACUCAUCCAGCUCUGACUCAUCACCUCUGACUCAUCAGCUCUGACUCAUCCAGCUCUGACUCAUCAGCUCUGACUCAUCACCUCUGACUCAUCAGCUCUGACUCAUCCAGCUCUGACUAUCCAGCUCUGACUCCAUCCAGCUCUGACUCAUCACCUCUGACUCAUCAGCUCUGACUCAUCCAGCUCUGAC